GCAGUGUAUUCAUCACUCUAUCUAUUAGCCUUGCUAAAUUCUUUGUAUCCUUGAACUAUUUUAGUUUUUGUUUAUUAGAGAUACUUGAUUCUUGUACCUAUGUGUUCAUUACACUUAAAAAUUAUUAUAAUUACCAUUCAUAAUAUAAAAGAAAACUAUAAUCUUUUGAAAGUUUUAUGAUUCUGGACUAAAGUCAAGAUUUUGUAGACAGCAUAAGUGGCCUCUGCGAAGAAUAAUUAGGCGUAGAAACCAAUAACAAGUGUUAGAAGUUAAGCCAAAAUAAUGACACAGUUCAAUAGACGAGAUGUAACAUACAGCGCGCUCAACAACGAAUUAACUCCUCCGUUGGGAAGAUCUGUGCAAGAUGCAAAUGCAACUCCUACUAUGAUCACUCUGGACCACGAACAUGAUGAUACCACCAAUGUUAUCAUUCACAAAGUUCCAAAAACUAAAGGUGGUUGGACACAUAUUGAAGACCUUGAUUCAUUCUUUACUAGAAUGUACAAAUAUUAUGUUCAGGGUGGUUUCUAUCCCAUGAUUAUGUCCGAUCUAUUUUAUCUACUACAAUUUAUAUUUAUUGUAUGGUUCUCAACUUUUUUAGUCCAUUGUGUAGAUUAUCCGAGGUUGUUCAGAAAUGAUGCAAAUGCAAAUCGAAGUGAGAAACUAUCCCUUAGUGAUGUAAUUUACCCAACAUCAGAAUGUGUAAAUAGGAUAUCAUGGAAAUGGUGGUGUGUAAUCACAUUAUGUACAAUUAUUUGGUUCAUGCGAUUGUUUUUAUCAAUAUACCAUUUAUAUCAUGCAUAUGAUACAAAAUUAUUUUAUCAUAGCGCCUUAAAAUUAAAUGAGAAUGACUUAGCAUGGAUAAAUUGGUCGACAGUUCAAGAUAGAGUAAGGGAAGCACAACCAGAACAUCAAAUGUGUGUUCAUAAACGAGAAAUCAACGAAUUAGAUAUAUAUCAUAGAAUACUCAGGUUUGAUAAUUAUAUGGUUGCAAUGGUUAAUAAGAAUCUACUACCUCUGCAAAUUCAUGUGCCUUUUUGUGGUGAUUUUCAUUAUUUAUCCAGAGGUUUGAAAUGGAAUUUGGAGUUUCUUCUGUUCUCUAGUCCAUGGAGUCCUUGGGAGAAUUGCUGGCAGCUUCGUGAAUGUUAUAAAGAUCAUUCCAAACGAAUGAUACUAGCCAGACAACUUGAUAGACAGAUCUUGGUUUUGGCGUUUGUUAACUUCUUGCUAGCACCUCUUAUUCAGGGCUGGCAGAUACUAUACUUCUUCUUCAACUAUGCGGAGUUGAUAAAGCGUUCUCCCGCAUCACUCGGACUGCGUACGUGGUCGUUGUACGCUCGCGUUACUUUGCGUCAUUUCAACGAAUUGGAACAUGAACUGCGGGAUAGACUCAAUAGAGCGCAUAAGCCCGCUACUAAGUACCUAGCAAGUUUCUCAUCUCCUAUCACUACUGUUGUUGCCAAAAACAUCGUGUUUCUAUCUGCAAGUGUUCUUGGAGUGUUGGUGGUGCUUUCAGUGUAUGACGAAGAUGUCUUAACUGUGGAACAUGUACUUACUAUAAUCACAAUAUUGGGAUGCGUGCUAGCCGGAGCCAGAGCUUUGAUAGGAGAAGAGGAGCGUUUAGGUGGGGGAUGUACUGGACCUGCUCGUGGCGAGGAAUUGUUCGUGCAAGUGUUGGGACAUGUGCACUAUUUGCCUGCAGCAUGGCGCGGCCGAGCACACACUAAAGACGUAGCAGCACAUUUCCAACAGCUCUUCCAAUUCAGAGCCGUGUACAUUUUGUUCGAACUACUGAGUCCUCUCCUGUCUCCGUUCGUGUUACUCUCGCUUAGAUCUCGUGCUCUUGAUAUCGUUGACUUCUAUAGAAAUUUCACUGUCAGUGUGCUGGGAAUCGGUGACGUGUGUUCCUUCGCUCAGCUUGACAUCAGACGUCACGGUCAUCCGGAUUGGCAGGCAGCUGGUAAAUACGGUGAUAAGCUAACUACUGGCAAUGCUCAAUAUAAUCAAGGCGAGGGUGGUAAAACUGAGCUUUCCUUGGUCGCAUUCUCCUGCCGUCACCCCGGCUGGCAGCCGAGCGAGCCUGCACAGCGCCAGUUCCUGCGCUCUCUGAGACAAAGCAUGCACCACGCUAUACCAACCAAUAAUGCUUUGAACAAAACAAUGCUUGGCUCAUAUAUCCAGCAGAGUAUUUUCGGUACUAACACUCCGCUGCCUGCCGUAUUGUCCUAUUACCAGCAACAAAAACCGCCCUACAGGUUACCUGACAUGGAUGAGACUAGUGAUGAAGAUGAGUGUACAUCAGCAUCGGUGUCUAGGAAUGUAGGAUCUGGUAUGUCCGCGAUGGGUAACCCUGACUCCGGAGUAUCAAUCCCGGGACCCAUGAGCCGGUUUGACCCAAACACCGCACUACUCGCCUCCCCCGAUGAAGCCAGAGAUAUGUCAGUCAGCACGCUGCAUCUGUACGACUUGCAUUUGUCACAGGCCGGCCAAAGUGUAUCAGCGUGUUGUACAAAGAACUGCAGUGAACGUAAUCGUAGCGAAUCCCGUUGGGCGUCCGGUGAAGAGACCCCAUUACUCCAUCGUCCUUAACAACGACACCACAAAGCCGACCCCGAAGCCCAGCCCGUUUGGAUUUAAACACAUGUAAAACCUCAUCUUAUCUACAACGUCAAUUAAUCUAUCAAGUUUACAUCAUAUUUUACAAUCAAAAAAUCUAUUCAAGAUUCAAUUUUGUCAUAAAUUUUAUAGACCAAUAAGGAUAUGUGAAUCGGUGGGCAUAAGUCAAACUAAAUUAUGACAGCUCACUAGCGCCACCCCUGUCAUCAACCUCUUUGUACUGUAGCUGUCAAGUCAUUUUGUUCUAUAAUGUCAUUUAAUAUGUCUAAGUAAUUUUUACAUAUUCAGACAGAACUAACCGCGAUAGCAGCGCCCCACAUCGGUUCAGAUAUCCUUGUUUGACUAUACAUCACAAAAUCAUGACCAACCUGUCUUCCCUUAAACUCCAUUCGCUUUUUUGACUCUGAAAUUAAUGAAAUAGAUAUUAUAUUUUUAUAGUUUUCAAUUUCUUGUCUAAAAUUAUGACGCACGAAAUAUUUUUCACACACAAUGAGUGAAGUUAGGCUUGAAUGUGGUAAGCAAAGGUUUAAAUACAUAAAUGUUCUUUAUUAAUAAUAAUGGAUACUAAUAAUAACAAAGAAUACGGACAUGUAUGGAGUAUCCAUAUUGAAAUUUUAGUUUUUAAUUUUUUUGACGUUUUAUUAGUUAAGUUCUCCUUUUCCCUCCACAUUCUGACACGAUCUGACAAAUGACCAUAAUGUAAGUAUUUUGACAUCUGCUUAAAGUUUGAUUCGGUGAUUUUGGCCUUUUUUCCCUACUAUUUUGAUUUUAUUCUUUGUCUUGAAACUGGUUGUAAGUUUACAUAAAUAAAACAUUGUAAUUUAGUAAUGAAAUCAUCUGUGAUACAAUUUUACCUUUUUUUUUUAAACUACAAUGUAUAUACAGUGGAACCUGGAUAAGCGAGAGUCUAAGUGACUGUGAUAUUUUUCUCUUUUAAAGGCUUUUCUUUAACCCGAGUUUCUCGCGUAUGGAGGUCGUACGUCGGGAUUGGACAACGACUUUCGCUUAUACAGUUUCGACUUUAAAUCGUUAUCAUUUAUAUUUAAUCGGAAUUAUUUAUACAUAUGCAAGACUGUCCAUUAUUGUCCUGUCCAUUACCAUUUAUGUAUUUAAAUCUUUGAUACAGACCAUAGACGAUGCAUAUAUCGUUUUGAAAAACAUAAAACGUUUUAUCUUUGGUUUCUGAGGCUAAAAUUACAAUGUAUAACUUAUCGUCAUCCCUGUCAUUGUCUUUGACUUAACAGAGACUAGAAUAUGUUUUUUAAGGAUAUUUUGGUCUCAGAAACGAUGAGAGCGCCAUUUCUGUCCAAAACACUGUCGUGUUCAUUUUGGUAGUAUGUGUCGAUAUUUAGUAUAGUAUGUUUAAAAAUAUCUUUUCGAAAUCUAACUGUGAUUUCUGACGAUUCAUAGUUUCGUGUUAUAUUUGACAAAUAAGUGACCUCGCGUCUUCGUUCUUUGAUGUUAUUGUAAGAUUGAUUGGUGUUCUAAAUUCAAGAUCUGCCAAAAUAAACGAUACAUAUCUUACGUUUUUAAAACAACGUGAUAGGAAGGCAUCGGCUAAUAUUAAGGGUCGGCUGUACCUCGGGUUUUUAGGUUUUUAUUAUAAUUUUAAAAGGAAAACAAAAACAGUGAGAAUCUUAGAUGAUGUAGUUCGAAGAAAAUCAAAACAGCUUUAGUACAAGUAAUUUGGUUCAUUGUGAGUUUUCACUGUCGUAAGACUUGUAUAAGUCAUGUUUUACAACAGUGGAAUUUCACCUUAAAGGUCAACAAAAACGGUGCUUAAUAUCUUAUGGAUAUAAUAUGUGUGCAAGCUAAUAGUAUUAAAAAAUGUUAUAAAUACAAAUUUUUUGAAAACCAUUUUU